UCAUUUUUUAAAUGCAAUGUUUACAAAAUACGAUCAUUUACUGUAAUUAUUCUUUAUACUUUGUUAAUAUUGUUAAUGUUAAAGGGUUUGGAAAUAAAAUGUUUGAACGUGUUCUUCCCUUUAAAUCUCUUUAUAAAUUAACUUUUUCAUGAAUAGUUUUGUCAGUGAUUUCGAUACUCGUUAGUUCUAUACUGAGGGUAAAAUGUACUCUAACCAAAGAAAGAUGUAUUGUAGGUUUUGUUUCACUAAUCUCUGGCACGAACACACAUUUAUUAAGUGUGCAAACGAUGCCUGUGCCAAGAUAGGAAUUUAUCUUUGCCUCAAUUGUUUUUCGGCUGGUACUAAUGAUGAUAUUCACAAUAAUACCGACCCAUACAAUGUGCUGUGUAAUGCAAUACAGCUUGAUAAUUGUCUAUGGCCUGCUCACGAAGAGAUUCUACUCCUUAAUACCUUCUCAGAAACAAUGAAUUGGGAAAAAGUUGCUCAAAAAUUGGGAAGAUCUUCAAAAAAAUGCGAACAACAUUAUUUUGAACACAUUGUGUUCUAUCCAAAAAUAAAAGAAUUAGUUGUUGCAAAUCAAGGAGCAUUUAGAACUUUUGAUGAUGAUUAUGUAGACCAAACACAGCUUAUAGAAUCAUUUCCUGAUAGAGGUGAAGAAUCAUUUCAUCAAUAUGAAUUAGCGAUGCGUUUGGCUGGUUAUCAACCAUUACGUGGAGAAUUUGAUGAGGAAUAUGAUGAUCAAGCUGAGGAUAUUUUAAAAUUACUUAAUGAACCAAUAUGGAUGGAUGAAACAUCUAAGAAGUUAUUAGAAACAGAUUUCUAUAAAAAAUUAUGUGGGACAAUAGCAGAUAUCUUUAAUGAAAGACUACAGGAGCGUUAUAGACGUCGUAAAGUAGUUAAGGACUAUGGUCUUGUUUGCUUUAAUAAACAACAACUAUGGAUCAAAUCUAUGGAGACUAUUUUAGGUCCAGAAAUGAUUCAUAGGUUAAUUCGUUAUCUACAUCUUAUUAAGCCACUAGCAUUUGAUUUCCUAAUCACUAAUCUAAAACAAGAACACAAUCUACUGGCUCGAAUACAUAAACUAAUUGAAUUUCGUAGAAAUGGAAUUACGAAACAUGCAUACAUUGGAAUCUACGAGGAAAUGAACAAGAAAAGAGAGAAUAGUUUCAAAAAUAAACCAUCUAGUUCAUCUACUGUGGAAUGUUCAAAAUCUCGUAUAAAUGUUUGUAAUUUGCCGGGUUACCAAAAAUUAGAUGAAGAUGAAAGAGAGCUGUGUACACUGAUAAAAAUGUUACCUGAAUCUUAUUUGAAAUUUAAAGAAUUGCUUAGAAGCGAAUGUGAAAAGUCUAAAGGUAUUUCUUUGAAAACUGCUAGGAGUUUAAUCAAAAUUGAUGUAAACAAAACUAGAAAAAUGUAUAAUUUAUUAAUAGAAAAAGCAUUGAUUUGGCAAUAGGCUUAAUUAUUUAUAUUGAAUUUGUAACUAAAAGACUAGUACAACAAGAAGUGAGAAAAAGUAUACUUUAUACAUUAUGUUAUGUUUGAAUAAAAGAAUAAA